AUGAAAAAACAUUUCCAACCUGUAUCAAAAGUUUUUGAUUUAACAACACGCUCAUUUUCUACGUCGUCGACAUUACACAAAUCAUUCCAAAAGAUUCAGCGAGCACUCAUGGGUGAAUCGGAAAAGAAAUCAACUUUAUCUGAGCUGAAACCUCCACCCGAUUAUAUUGAACAUCGUAUUAAGUUAUGGGAUGAAUUAAAAGCCAAACGUCAAGUAUUUCUUGAAUCCCAAAAGCAAGAAGAGAUAACGGUUACGUUACCUGAUGGAAAAACGAUGCCGGCAAUAUCUUGGAAAACAACGCCACUUGAUAUAGCACAAUCAAUAAGUCAAGGAUUGGCAAAUGCAACUGUUAUUUCAAAAAUUGAUGGUAAAUUAUGGGAUUUGGAAAGACCAUUGGAAAAUAACUGUAAACUUGAAUUACUUAAGUUUGAUGAUGACGAAGGAAAACAAGUGUUUUGGCAUUCAACAGCUCAUAUAAUGGGCGAAGCGAUGGAAUUAUGUUAUGGUGGAUGUUUAUGUUAUGGUCCACCUAUAGACCAAGGUUUCUAUUAUGAUAUGUUUUUAGAAAACAGACAAAUAGCUGGUUCUGAUCUUGAAGUAAUAGAGAAUGUAAUGAAACGCAUAGUGAAAGAAGGACAACGGUUUGAAAGAUUAGAAAUAACUAAAGAAGAUUUAUUAAAAAUGUUUGAUUACAAUCCAUUUAAAGUUCGAAUUUUAAACGAAAAAGUUAACACACCAACGACAACUGUUUACAGAUGUGGUCCACUGAUUGACCUUUGUCUUGGACCACAUAUUCCACAUACGGGUAAAGUGAAAGCAUUUGCUGUUACAAAGAAUUCCAGCUCGUAUUGGGAAGGUGAUAAUACUCGUGAAACGUUACAGCGAGUGUAUGGCAUAUCUUUUCCCGAUGUAAAACAAUUGAAAGAAUGGAAACAUUUACAAGAAGAAGCAGAAAAACGAAAUCAUCGAAAAAUUGGUGUUGAACAGGAUUUAUUCUUUUUUCAUUCAUUGAGUCCAGGCAGUUGCUUUUUUUAUCCAAAGGGUGCUCAUAUUUAUAACAAGCUCAUUGAAUUAAUUAGGGGUGAAUAUCGUAAACGUGGUUAUCAAGAGGUUAUAACACCGAACAUGUACAAUUCUAAACUAUGGAAACAAUCCGGUCAUUGGGAUCAUUAUGCGGAAAAUAUGUUUCAAACAGAAAUUGAAAAGGAAUUAUUUGCUCUGAAACCAAUGAAUUGUCCUGGCCAUUGUUUGAUGUUUGCAUCUCGUUUACGUUCUUGGCGUGAACUGCCAUUAAGAUUUGCUGAUUUUGGUGUGUUACAUCGUAACGAACUAUCAGGUGCAUUAAGUGGCUUAACGCGUGUUAGAAGAUUUCAACAAGAUGAUGGACAUAUAUUUUGUAUGCAAUCUCAGAUAAAAAGCGAAAUUGAAAGUUGUUUAGAAUUUUUAAAACAUAUCUAUGGUAUAUUUGGAUUUUCAUUCGAACUGAAAUUGUCCACGAGACCAGACAGCUUUCUUGGCGAAGUAGAAACAUGGAAUGCUGCUGAAAAGCAAUUAGAAUUGGCACUGAAUUCAUUUGGUUAUCCAUGGAAAUUAAAUCCCGGUGAUGGUGCAUUCUAUGGACCAAAAAUUGAUAUUACAAUUAAAGAUGCACUUCAACGUUCUUAUCAAUGUGCAACAAUUCAACUCGAUUUCCAAUUACCAUUGAGAUUUGAAUUACAAUAUCAAACUGAUGACGAUACGGACGAUCCCACAAAAAAGCUGAACACACCUGUCAUUAUUCAUCGAGCAAUGCUCGGCUCUAUCGAGCGAAUGUUGGCAAUAUUAACGGAGUCUUUUGGUGGCAAAUGGCCAUUUUGGCUAUCACCCAGACAAGCUGCUAUAGUGCCUGUGGUGUCCGCUUUGGAUGAAUAUGCCAUGGAAGUUCAACGAAAACUAUGGGACGCUGGAUUUCAGGUUGAAGCGGAUCUGGAUCCAGGAAGCACAUUAAAUAAGAAAAUUCGUAAUAAUCAGUUGGCACAGUUUAACUUCAUUCUGGUGGUAGGUCAACAAGAAAAAGCAAACGGUACGGUGAACGUUCGCACACGUGAUGGCAAACAACAUGGUGAAUGUUCCGUGGAUGAUGUUAUUAGACGUUUUGCUGAAUUUACGAUAUCUCGUACUAAUCAUGCCGAAGAUGAUUUCUCGUCAAAUUCUUCUGCAACCGCAUCAAAAGGUGCUACAACAGUGUCAGAAGAUCACCAUGAUGAAAAACAGUCUUGA